AUGGCAACCGAGAUUCAGGAAGAUCCUCUCAUUGAGGCUCUUCCCCCUGCAAGUGACUAUCUCACAUAUCUCACCAUUCUUGAAUAUCAGUUAACCCCCGCUCGGCUUCCCACUCUCCACCGUCUGCUUCAAGAUGAAACCUUGACGACAAACAUCGGUUGGGACCUGGUGCAAUUGCUGCUUCCAUUAUUACCAGCAUCAGAGGAGUGCUUGCAGGAUGUUGCCAGACUGGGAAACCCCAGGGAAGUCAUCCUACGAGUCUCGGAUGCCCUGAUGAAGCUGCAUCCUUCGGAUGACCAAGAAGACAGUGAGGGUGAGAACCUUGAGGAAAAGCAAGAUGCAGAAAAAGAAGCCCCGCUUCACAUCAUGCAAUUUAACUGUCUGAUCUCGAUGCUUGCCAUCUUGCACUCCAGAAUCAAAACCCAGUACCCUAGCCGGUUCAUUGCAACGUCUCUUCAUGCUGCAUUGGAAGCAUAUACUGAGUACCCCACGUCCGAAACCACGACUGCAAUCCUUGAAUUCCUAAGGGACAUAUAUGGUGCCAAACGGCCAGCGCUUCCACCGCGAAACGCAAGUGAGCAGUUAGUGUCACGGGCAUGCGGCCCGUCGGGACCGGACCCCGAAGCUGAAGCAGAAAGUGAUGACUCGUUAACCCAAGAGAGAGUGUUGACCCAGAAGCUCUUACAGUUUGGUCUUGUUGAAGUGCUAAAAACCUACCUUUUACAUUGCACGUCUAAACAACCACCUGGGAUGCAAUGGACAUUACGCCUGCACGAAAAGCUCGACCCAGGUCCUGUACUGCCAACGCUCAAUUUAACUGAACACUUUAGUUGCAUGGAAUAUGCGAAGGAGAGGGACGCAACAAUUGGAAAGAUCACCGCAUUGUCCAGGGAUUUUGGCUUAGAAACAGAGGAAUUGUUGCGAGUUGCCGCACAUAAGGGUGGCGGCGAUUCAGCACCUCUGGAUUUUGACAAUGUACCUCAAUCCGCUGAUGACAUCGCAUUAGAACGACAUGGAUGCCUUAUUCUUCUUGCUGCUCGAUAUACAACUACCGUCCUUUUUGGGUCAGCACAAUUAGAAAGACCUUUGACACUAUACCCAGAAAUCUCAACAAUGUUCGAAAAUUUCAUCAAUGGCGCCCAGACAGGGAGUUUGGAAGAGGUCACUAUGGAAAUACCCACUCCUCUACUCGAUUCUCUCCUCGCACUUGCGUUGAUAUCUGGUCACUUCCACCCUAAUACAAUGCCCAACAACGAUUCUGAUUUCGGCAAACUUGUCCUUUCAAUGGUCGCGUGUACCCGCGCUCCUAAUCUUCGGCAACUAAGCCGUGUUGAGAAGGUGCCUACUAAAAUCUUUAGUGAAAAUCCAAGCACUCAAAGCAAGUACAACUUGAUCCGUCAAAUAUUUGAUGAUGAAAGUCUCCAGUAUGCCAGAGAAUCAGCGAUAAGCUGGUUUAAACACGAAGUACUUGCUGGGGCAUCGAAGCCUACUGACCCAUCCAACCCUUUCAUUUCCCCACAAUCCUUUAGUGUUCUUUUCUGGGUCGUCUACAAACCCUUGCCUGACUACUAUUCCGAUCUGAAUUCCCUACCGACACCAGCUUUGUCAACCGAGUGGAUGAGAUUUAUCAGCCGGUUAGCCAAUUUCUAUACCGUGGCCCUUAAUUUCUACUACAUGCUAUGCAAAUCGGGACCGUUACACAGCAGACUGGACCUUCAGGGAUUGGACCUUGAAUUUAGAGCAAAGUUUCUUCAUCCUGUCAGGGAGUUUGCAAAAAGUAUCCGUGAUAACGAUGUGGUUUCUGACAGGAUUGUAGAAGAGCUGGGCGAGGAUAUAGCGCGGGUAGGAAAGUCGGCGGCGGAUGUUGUGUUGCAUGUUAUUGGGGAAAUCGAAGCGGUGGAAUAG